GGCCCAUCCAGCACCACAUUGAGAUAGAGCCUAGCAGUAGAACUCCUAAGGGCGUUGUGUAUAGGAUGUCCCCACGGGAGUUAGAGGAGCUUCGCAAGCAGUUAGACGAGCUCCUUGAAAAGGGUUGGAUUAGGCCCAGUUCUUCUCCGUUUGGAGCACCUGUUCUGUUUGUCCCCAAGAAGGAGGGAGAGUUAAGGAUGUGUAUAGACUACAGGGGUCUGAAUGCUAUUACAGUGAAGAAUGCUGAGCCACUGCCUAGAAUAGACGACCUUUUGGAUCGAGUGCAGGGGGCAAAGUACUUCUCCAAGAUAGAUUUGAAGUCCGGAUAUCAUCAGAUCGAGGUGCAUCCUGAUGAUCAGUAUAAGACGGCCUUCCGGACUAGAUAUGGGCACUAUGAGUUCAUACUGAUGCCCUUUGGACUAACCAAUGCACUAGCGACGUUCCAGCGUUGUAUGAACGAUUUGUUUAGGCCAUGGUUAGAUAGAUUUGUUGUUGUCUACUUAGAUGAUAUACUAGUGUUUAGUAAGACCCUCGACGAGCAUCAGGGUCAUCUCAGGCAGGUCUUGGAGAAGCUAAGAGAAGCUAACUUCAAGAUCAAUGCAAAGAAGUGCGACUGGGCGAAGACCCAAGUCUUAUAUCCAGGCCACGUCUUAGACGGAGACAGCGUUAAACCAGAAGAUUGUAAAACCGCAGCGAUUAGAGAUCGGCCCACGCCACGUACGCUAACAGAGUUGCGGUCAUUCUUGGGCCUAGCUAACUACUACAGGAAGUUCGUGAGGAACUUCUCCACUAUCGUUGCGCCCCUUCGCAGACUGCUCAGGAAGGAAACCAUUUGGAAGUGGGAUAAGGACUGCACGUCUGCCAUGAAGAAAUUGAAGCAGGCAUUGAUAGAGUACCCAGUCCUUAAGGUAGCCGAUCCGUCCUUGCCCUUUGUCGUCACGACAGAUGCUAGUCAGUACGACAUAGGCGCGGUAUUGCAGCAAGACGAUGGCAAUGGUUAUAGACCCGUAGAGUUCAUGUCCGCCAGGAUGCCUUCAGAGAAGGUUGCGACAUCUACCUAUGAGAGGGAACUCUACGCUCUCAGGCAAGCUUUAGAACACUGGAAGCAUUACUUGCUUGGGAGGCACUUCAAAGUCUACUCGGACCAUGAGACGUUGAGAUGGUUUAAGACACAGGCCAAGAUGACACCUAAGCUUACUAGGUGGGCCGCAGAGAUAGAUCAGUAUGACUUUGAGCUCAAGCCAGUCAAACGUAGUCGCGGAUGCUCUGAGUAGGAGAAUCGAUUACUUUGAGGCAAUAGUGCAUUAUUUAGACAUAGGGAAGGACCUGCAGCAGAAGAUUAGAGAAGCCUACGCGCAG